GUAACGUCAGCGUUGCAUUUUAGCAGCAUAUUGUAACCAGCUAUUUGUACGCCUCAGUCGCGUCGUGAUUGACGGCGUCCUUCACAAAAACAGCGAUAUCGAGAUUCGGUGUGGGGGCAUAUAAUGGCGUUUGUUGUGCGUGCGUUAGGGACGGUUUUGGGUGAUAUUGAUGUUGAGAGGUGCCAACGCGGUUGUGUUACGAAUGAGUUGUGAUGAUUAACCCUGCAUGAGGGGUCGCGUCUGGUAAUGAUGGUGUGUUUUAUUGCGCAAGCAAUACAAUACUUCUGAUAAAUUAAUCGCAGCAGAGCUGCGGCGGCCGCUGUCCGUCGGCCGUGCUGCGGGGCGGCCAUGGCGUCGGCCAUGCAGCAGGUGGUGGUGGUCUGGGAGUGGGAGAACAGCCAGCACCGCUGGCGGCCCUACAGCCCGCAGGUGGUGCAGCUGCUCGAGCGCGCCUUCUCCAAGGGACUGAAGUCGGUGUUCCUGGGCGACGCCGAGCCGCUGCUCUCCAACUUCUCGGUGCACAUCACCAGCCUGCGUCAGCUGUGCGACUCGUCGGACCGGGAGAUCGCGGUGCGGCGCCAGUUCUACCCGCCGAGCUCCCCGGCCGGCCGCGGCGCCGUGUGGCAGUGGGCCGGCGACACGCCCUCCGAGUGGCACAGCUACGACAUGGACGUCCAGUGCCUGGUGGAGACCGUCUGGUCCAUGGGCGAGCAGACGGUUGACGUCAGUCACGUGUUCCCGCACCUGCCCUACAUCAUCAACUUCUGCAACCUGACGCAGGUGAAGAAGACGAGCGGGUACGUGCGCCAGCUGCGGCGCGCCCAGCAGGCCGCCUAUCCGCUCACCAAGGUGCCGGCCGACGAGUUCGUCUUCCAGCCGCCCACGCUAGAGGAGAUUCGUCGCCCGCCAGCCACCUCCAAGAAGAAGGACAAGAAACGCAAGGACAAGGACAGCAGCGGCACCAAGAAGCUGAUGAAGCAGCUGACGCGGCUGUCCAGCCGGAUCGCCGACUCGCUGGACCCGGACGCCGGGCCGGCGAGUCGGCCGAGUCGCCGCGAGAGCGGUGACUCGGCCUCGGUGGCGUCGGGCGGACGGCCGCCGGCGCCCGGCAGCCGGCCGCCGGCGCGCCCGCCCGACGGCCGCCGGCUCAGCGUCGCCACCAUAUCCACCUACAUCAGCCAGAGCUCGCACAGCUCCGGCCGCAGCGUGUGUCUGAUGGACACCAACUACCGGGACGACGAGGUGACGCUGGACCAGCUGCUGCUGAUGUACACGUCGGUGGUGCUGCCGACGGUGGGGGUCGCCUGCUGCAUCUGCCGGUACAUGCUGACCGAGCCGUCCAGCUACGGCGACGACCUGGUGAUCCAGCUGAACGGCUGCCGCCACGCCAUCCAUCUGGACUGCCUGCGCGCCAUGGUCGAGAGUACAAACCAGGUCCAGUACCUGCAGUGUCCCGCCUGCCAGUCCAUAUACGGGCGGAAGGUGGGGCAGCAGCCGCCGGGCAGGAUGUCCACGCGCCGGCUGCCCAUCCCGCUGCCCGGCUACGACUGUGAUACCAUCGAAAUAUCAUACAUGAUCUCACCGGGCAUCCAGGGACCGGAGCACCCGCACCCGGGCCGGCCGUACAAGGUGCGCGGCUUUCCGCGCAUCUGCUACCUGCCCAGCACCACGCAGGGACGCAAGGUGCUCCGGCUGCUGGAGGAGGCGUGGCGGCGGCGGCUCAUCUUCACCGUCGGCCCGUCGGCCACCACCGGCGAGCAGGACGUGGUCACCUGGAACGAGAUCCACCACAAGACAGAGCUGCACGGCAACGACAGCGGCCACGGCUACCCCGACCCCGGCUACCUGGACAGGGUCACCGCCGAGCUGGCGCGCCAUGGCGUCCAGUGAGCGUGGCGCCGGCGAGGCGGCCGUGACGUCACUGGGACGGCGCCGCGCGCGCCGGAGACGACCGGCGAUUUCGUGCUGAGUAGGGGACGUUACGCCAGAGUCGUGCCAUACGUGAGCGAUUAUGAACGGUUCGUGGUU